AUGCCUCAAGUAGUCUACUACCACCGUGGUCCCGGAACAGAAGAAGACAAAUGGGCCAGCUUUGUGGGAGGCCUAUUCGGCCUGGGUGUCAAACAGGACAUUGUGGAUUGCUACCGCUUCAUCUGCGAUAACUACAACCCGGGGGACGAGAUCAUCAUCGUUGGCUUCUCACGGGGCGCCUUCACCGCUCGGUCGCUCGCAGGCAUGGUCUGCACGCUUGGAUUCCUCAAUCGCUCUGGACUCAGCAGCCUCGGCCAGAUCUACAACGAUUACAAGGCCUUCAACGACUGGACGGAUCCUCGCAUGUUUGACCCCAAGAAGCAUCUACUGGGGUUCAAUCACGACCAGCUGAAGAUGAAGAUAGAGAAAGAGUACAUGGUAGAGAUCAAGCCGCUCGAAGAUAAGUUGGACCCCGAAAAGGUCGGAGAGUUGACCGAGGAAGAGCUUUGGGAUGUGGAAAGGGAUCUGGUGAAACUCCUUGAACGUUACGACCAGGCCACGAGUCACGAAGCCUUGGAGAAGCAGCUGUACAAGGACAAAAGAGAGUUAUUCACCAAGAUGACUCAGUUCAAACGGACAGAUGGCAGCAUGAAGUUUCGCCUCAUGGCAGAGGCUUAUCGCCAGCAGCUGAGCGAUUACGAACUUUGCUUGACUCGUAUGGUAGACGACGGCAACGAAGUAAUCUCGCACCGAGCUGUGGAGGGGAAAAUUAAAGCAGUCGGCGUUUGGGAGACAGUGGGCAGUCUUGGAAUUCCCAAGAUGCCAUGGUGUAAUUGGCAUGGCGCCAGCCGCAAUGCUGCAGAGGUCUGGUUUCCCGGAUGCCACAGCAACGUCGGCGGAGGCUCUGAUUCCCAGCAAAUCUCCAAGAUUGCCCUUGGAUGGAUGGCGGAUCAGCUGACUUCAGUUGGCGUGGAAUUCAGCACGUGCGAGAUGCAGCGCAUCUUCCGUACAAUCUCUCACGGAGAUACCAUUCGGCCUUGGGGCCUCGGUGAGAUCACCAGCCCGACCUCUUUGGUCACAACAGGUCUCGACCGGGCUUGGAACAUGUUAUCAGCGCCAUAUCUUGCGUACCACGGUCAAUUCGCAGAGAGUUCGGCGCGAACACCUCAUUUCUACCGAGACAAGAACGGGAAGAAGCUUCUGACACACACGGAGGAACUCGUUCACCCCUGCGUCAGAGUCCGGUACCUUUACAACGGUCUCGGCCUAGAUGAUAAAGCUGAGUGGCGCUGUAAUGCUCUUACGGGGCGCGGCUGGGAACUCAAGCUUGAUAGAGGCGUGACCUCAACUAAGAUUCGCCCUGGUCGGGACCCGAAGAUUGUGGACAAGUAUAGGACCGUCGGCGGAUCCGUCACCUCUGUUCAUCAACAGUAUCCGAAAACUCGGGCUGCGGAAGGCCAGCUCGUCAAUACUGAGCAGCCCUCGGAAGAGGAUCUCUGGCAGUUAAAGUCUCCGAAAAACACUUACACAUGGACUCACCCAGAGGGUAAGGUGCUGAAAGAAGAGCAGAUUGGCAUGUGGGAGCGCAUGUUCAUCGACAUCAACGACGACCAUGUCGACUUAAAGAAGAGAAGUGACGAACAAAAGAUGCGGAAACAGACGCAUGGUGACCGCCUUAGAGACAUGGCGACGAGCAACGUGUACCAUGCCCUAGGCAUGGUUGACUGGAUUGUCAAGACUUCCAUUGGCGCAGUUUUUGGUACGCGGCCGGACAAGCAGUAUCCGCUCGGGUACCCGUUACAGCAUGGGUACUACGACUUUGUGUCCUGGCAGAAGGGACUCAGGCAGGGUAAUUCGGAGGUCGGCCCCUCAGCCAAGGACUCGGCCAAGGACGCACAUGCUGCCAAGGAUGGUGAUGUCCAUGUCCACUACCACUGGCUGAAUGACGGAACGCAAUGA